UUUUUACUGUUCAUGACUACUAUCUCCACUACUUUGCAAUGAACUUGGAAAUGACUGAAUGUUCAUUAACCUGAAACGUCAUUCGAAGAGAUUUUAAUUCUAAUAACCACCUAGCUAUUUCAAGUCUUAACCAUACCUUACUACCUAAAAUAGCUUUUGUAAGCAUCAUAAACAUUAUUAAGUACGCUUCUAUAUAUUCUAAACAAAGUACCUAAUGAUAUUCUUAAUCAGAAAAUUUACCAGUACAAAUGUCAUACCAUUUUUCAUUUCGUGAAUUCAGACCAUCUGAUCAAGAAUGUCGGUCGGGGAAUCACCUCGAUUGCCAAAGCACCUAUAUAUAAAUGUAUAAGGCCUGUUCAACCAUACACCGAGUUUCUAUAGUGCCCCGCCAGUCCACCUCGCUGCUAGCUCAAAUUGUGAGUUCACGUACAGUUGUCCAAUUUAUUUAGUCUCAAGUUAUCAAGAUAUUGGACAAGUGUGUCUACGGGGAUCAGUUGUUGAUUAAAGUAUAUGUCAGAUGCGUACGACAGUGAUUGUGAAGAAUCGCAUCCGGUGAAAACCGUAAAUAAGAUAAAUAGAAUGAGAAUAUUGAUUGCGCUUUUAUUGAUCGGAUUGGUGGGGGUGGCUGUGGCCGUCCCAACUGUAAUGUUAACUCGAAAAUCGUCUAGUUCCAAUCCAGCAGAAAACGAGAUUGUCACCUACGACUUUCCCUACGUGAGUCGUUCAGAAUGGGGGGCCAGGGCGGCAGUAGAAACGCUGCAACUACGCACGCCGGUUCCAUAUGUGGUUAUCCACCAUUCAUAUAGCCCGGAAGCUUGCUACAAUAGAGAUGACUGUAUAAAGGCUAUGAAGAGUAUGCAGAAUUUUCAUAUAGAUGAUCGGCAUUGGUGGGAUAUUGGAUAUCAUUUUGGAGUGGGCAGCGACGGAGUGGCGUAUGAAGGCAGAGGAUGGUCCAUUCUUGGAGCCCACGCGCUGCAUUUCAACAACAUCAGCAUUGGCAUCUGCGUCAUCGGCGAUUGGACAAACUCCACCCCACCAGCAGAGCAGAUAAAAACCGUGAAAUCAUUAAUAACAGCUGGCGUUGAGCUGGGCUACAUCCAACCUAACUACAAGCUGGUUGGACAUCGACAAGUGAGAGAGACCGCGUGCCCGGGGCAAACCUUCUUUGAAGCAAUUAAGAGCUGGGACCACUGGUCGGCCUUCCCUGCAUCGAAUGAGGACCUUGUCAAUGUGCCUGAGCUUAGCGAGGAUUUUAGAAAGGAAUAUAAUAAAACGCUUAAGUCAAUUUGAGGCAAACUUUAGUGAUAGGUAUUGUCCCACCAUAUGUAUAUUGGUAGCCGUAACAGCCAUCGAAAAACCAGUUUCAAUUGUAAAAUACGGUAA